AUUAAAUUCCCGUCAUAAUGACCCAGCAGCCUGUGAAACACUCAGCUCUGCCUCGAGUCUCCCUCCGUGGCACUAACAUCUGAUCGGGAUCGCUGACAGACCAGAGGAAAGUUCACGAGUUAGGAAAUGUUCCUCUAAAGGGUGACUUCAUGCUGGAAAAACAGCGUACAGCUGGUAGGAUUAAACACAUGGUAAACACUCUUUAACGCCAUCGGAAUAAAUUUGAGGCUUCGUUUCUAAUUCAUUCAUUCUCUUUAUGAGUAGAAAUGAGAAGACGGAGGGUGCACUUCUUGUCAGGACAAUGUCUCGCUUUCUUUUUUACGUUACAAAACCAAUGCUUUCGUGACACAUCUCGCAUGGAUUUUGCGCAGGAUUACUGCUUUUUCUUCGCACUGUUAUUCGCAAACAUGAAGCGGUGGAGAGUGUGGAUCUCAGAACCACCGAGGAUUAGAUUUAUUUCCGGAGGAUCUGAAUUUCGGAUAUCACUAGCCUGAAAGGAAUUACCCGUAAACUACUUUCCAAACGUGCGCAACGCAAAUCAAACUCUCGACAUUUCUGUUAAGAUACAUCUCACGACUAAUUCUACUUCUUCAGAAUUUUUACAGUGGAUUCAAAAACACGCUCAGUAUUAUGGUGGAAGUAGCCCAGCACUGUGGAAGUUGGUGAUUACACGCACAGACGCCGGUGGCGCCGCCGAUAGACCGAGCAUGCAGACACGGUGCGGACUCAUGUCAGCGGUGGCGGCAUAAUGGCCUGUCGCAGUGCCUGCGCUUGUGGAUUGGCUCCGCUAAACGAAGACAACGCAAGGUUUCUCCUGCUGGCUUUGCUCAUCAUCCUGUACCUGUUGUGCGGAGCCGCUGUCUUUUCAGCACUGGAGCAGCCCAAAGAGAAACAGGCCAAGGAGAAGUGGACGCAACGCUUUGAGCAUUUUACUUCCAAGCACAACCUGAGCAGAGGCGACCUGGAGAAGUUCCUGAGGUUCUACGAGGAGGCCAACCUGGCAGGGGUGCGGGUGGACGCGCUCAGACCGCGCUGGGACUUCACCGGGGCUUUCUACUUCGUGGGAACCGUGGUGUCCACUAUCGGCUUCGGGAUGACAACCCCUGCCACCGUCGGAGGAAAGAUCUUCCUCAUCUUCUAUGGGCUCAUUGGUUGUGCGGCCACCAUCCUCUUCUUCAACCUGUUCCUGGAGCGUCUCAUCACAGUGCUGGCCCUGGUUCUGAAGGCCUGCUAUCAGAUGCGGAGUAAGGACGGCGAGCCGACCAGGGGUGGUCCAGCGGGGUGGAAGCCCUCGGUCUACUGUGUUAUGCUCAUCCUCUGCCUGGGGGCGGUGCUCAUCUCCUGCUGCGCCUCUGCCAUGUUUGCCGCCAUCGAGGGCUGGAGCUACAUGGACUCCCUCUACUUCUGCUUCGUGGCCUUCAGCACCAUCGGCUUUGGGGACCUGGUGAGCAGCCAACGGCCACUCUACCAGCACCAGACUGCUUACCGACUGGGCAACUUCCUCUUCAUCCUCGCCGGCGUCUGCUGCAUCUACUCGCUCUUCAACGUCAUCUCCAUCGUCAUCAAGCAGGUGCUCAACUGGAUCCUGCGCGCCCUGCGACGGCCAUGUGGCGGCCACCACUGCUGCCCUGGCAACGCCUUUCGCAGACGCCGGAACCUGGUGGUGCCAAGUCAGCCUCGUGGCCGCCGCGACCUCUCUGUUGAGACGGACGCAGCCAAUGAGAGUGAUCUGGAUGGCCGGAGGAUGUCAGGGGAGAUGAUCUCCAUGAGAGACUUCCUGGUAGCCAACAAGGUGUCCCUGGCCAUCAUGCAGAAGCACCUGUCGGAGGCGGCCAAUGGUCACCAGGCUCAGUCUUCGUCCACCGAGCAAAACGACAGCUUCUCCAGGGGGGUGGGUGCCCUGGCCAUCAUGAAUAACAGGCUAGUGGAAACCAGCGAGGACAGAUGAGCUUGGGACAUACUCAUUGGCUUUGGGCAACAAGAUCCGAGGGCUUAGGGGUCAUGUGAUUCAGGUGUUGCACUAAUAGCAGUGAAGCCACAGGCUGUACACAGGGGCCAUAUGUUCACGUUUGCCUAACUGAACACCUGGCUUUUUGUCUCGUCACUGCUGGACUUCUGUCUCUAAGGGUUCAUGUUGUUUACAGGCUGAACACCCCAGGGGAGUUCAGACCUUCAGCUGUAUUUACACGAAAAAAUGUCUGUUUACAUGAAAAGGCAGGAGGCUGUAGAAAUUAAGCAUCAACUGUGCCGGAGUUCAACAUAGACGGUGAAAAACUAUUCUCAGAAAGACGGCGACCUUUUCCACCAACAACCAAACAGAAUCCGUCCCGUAUAAUUAACAGAUUGCUCUAUUAAUCAGGCUCUUUCCCACUAUGCAGAACAUCUUGUUCCACGUCUGGCAGAAAAUGAGAUCCGAGACGAAACCAUAUGUUGCGGUUUGCUUUCCGUCGCCUGCUUGCAGGAAAACACACAGACCGAUGGCAGAGAGAAACCUGAAAACUGAUUUCCCCGUCCAUUACACACAUCUAUUUUAGCAUUGCUCCCUCAUUAUCUGGAAAUUACGGAAACGGGCAUAAGCUUUCACGUUCAGUACAGCAGACCCAUUGGUUACACACAUGCUUAAAUGUCCCAGAACCCACGUCCAGGUCUCCUGCUCUUGGUGAAACCUGGUCAGAAAUGUGCACUCAGAAUGUCACAUGCCGUUUUGUUGUUAAUGAAUUUAUUACGAUGUAAACAGAGUGAUGAGU